GCUGGUUUCACGAGAGGACGAGAAGAGGGAGAUGGAGAGAAAUGAGGUCUGAAAAGGACCAGGCGCCCAUGGGCAAGGAGAAGGGAGUGGUGGAGAUCCAGUUCAGGGACAUCCCCAGAGAGCAGGAGAACACUCCGGGGAGCCUCAAGCAGAAGGAGGAGAAGAAGGAGGUGUUCACGAAGGUGGUGAUUCGACGGCUCCCUCCGAACCUGUCAAAGGAUCAGCUGGAGGAGCAGCUCAGUCCGCUGCCAUCGUACGACUACUUUGAGUUCUUCCCAGCAGAUCAGAGCCUCUAUCCUCACCUGUUCUGCAGAGCAUACAUUAACUUUAAAAACCCUGAAGACAUCCUGCUGUUCAGGGACCGGUUUGAUGGCUACGUCUUCAUCGACAACAAAGGCCAGGAGUAUCCUGCUGUGGUCGAGUUUGCUCCCUUCCAGAAGAUUUCCAAGAAGAAGCUAAAAAAGAAAGAUGCUAAGGCUGGAAGCAUUGAGGAAGAUCCAGAAUAUAAACGGUUUUUGGAGAAUUACUCCUGCGAUGAGGAGAAGUCGAUGGCCAACCCAGAGACUCUGCUGGGGGAGAUCGAGGCCAAAACCAGAGAGCUCAUAGCAAAAAGAACAACACCGCUGCUGGAGUACAUCAAAAACAAGAAAAUAGAGAAACAGAGGAUAAGAGAAGAGAAAAGAGAGGAGAGGAGGAGGAGGGAACUAGAAAAGAAACGGCAGAGAGAGGAAGAAAAGAGAAAGCGGAGAGAAGAGGAGCGACGCAAGAGAAAAGAGGCCGAGAAGCAAAAGAAAUUAUCCGAUAAAGACAUUAAGAUCAAGCUCCUGAAGAAGAGUGACAGGGAUGAGGACGUGGACUCAGACCGAAUGAAGGACAAAAGUGACGCUGGAGAGACGGAGAGAGGGAAAUGGGAGAAGGGAGGACAAAUGAAGUCAAAGGACUCAAAGGAAAAAGGGCAGGCUGAGAGCGACAAGGAGCAGCGGGAGCAGCAUGGCCGCAGACAGAGAGACAAGGAGCACCGGGGGAAGGAUGAGGACAGGAAGCGCCAGCGGCACCACUACGAGUUCGACAAGUUCAUGCGGCGGAAAGAGGAGACUAAAUGGGGGAAGGGUUACUGCCAGGACCGGGCCAAGAAGGAGGGGCACCACCACUACUCCUACUGCCCCGAGGGCGGGGACAAGCUGGGCAAGGAGGAGCGAGAGGAGCUGGGCAGCAGGAAGGAGCGCCUCCGAAACAAGGUGAGCGAGAAGGACCGCCCGGCCAUGCAGCUCUACCAGCCGGGCGCGCGCAACCGGAAGCGCAUGAGCUCGGCGGGCAAAGGCUACGACUGCGUGCCCGUGGGCCACUCGCCCGAGCCCCGGGCCGAGCACUGCUACGACGUGGUCGCCAUGGCAACGGGGCUGGACAAGGCGUUCGAAAAAGGCAAAGAUGAGCAGUGAGGUGCAGAUGAAUUAUUCAGCAUGUCAGAGGAAUUCGGCGGUGACGGGUCGGAACGGUUAUCGCUGGGCUUUCGAGAUGAAAUACGCCCCGCAGAGGAAGAAGGAUGCUUCAGAAGCAAACAGUCGUUUCAUCUGUACGUCGGUGUAAUAGAGUUCAGAGCUUUCGGUCCUGCUCAGUUUUUGUUUUGCGGGAGCAUGAAGGUCUGAAAUAUUGUGAGCUAACUGUAUUAUUUACCAGACUUAGAGCACAACAAUCCAACUGGGUGUUUUUCUAGUCUUCUGUUGUAUUUCAUGCACUUUAUCUGUUCCGAUCACUGAAGUUUUGAUGUUUUAAUGAAAUUACUACCUGAGCUUUUCACUCUCAUCAACUCCAGUGUUGCUCAUCCAUUCAGCUCGUAGUUUAUCUAAGAGGCAGCUCAAUAGUGACCGUUUGAAACCAAGACCUCUUCCUCUUUGUAAACCUUUAUAGCGUUUGCUGAACCUGGGUGUUUUUAUUGAUCCUACAUAUUUUAAUAAAUCUGGAAAAUAAGCAAGCAGCACUUCUAGACGAUGGAUGUAGAAAAUGUAAGAAUGGGAAGUGUAUGUGUGUUAAGAAGACCUACUGAGACCAUUUGUUUUGUGUGAACUGUUUCAUCUUUGUUUUGCAGAGUGAUGUGUCUUACUACAGUUUAUCUUAUUUUAAGGUUUCAUACAGAAGAAAUACAUUUUUUGUGAGUGAAGCUUUACAUAGUCACUCAUGAGCCGGGAAGAACACACUCUCUACAUUUCUAUAAAGCAUUAUGUGAAGCUGCAAAUAUGACAUCAGUUUGGAUUAUUGGUGACUUUUCUAUGCUGUUUGCGUGGUUUUCUAUAACUGCAGUGAGGAAGGAUACAAUGGACAAGCUGCAAAUAUUCAUAAAAUAAUAUAAGGAGCCUUGUAUGACUUUUUGCACAUGACCCGACUUGUGUGUAGUACCUCUUGUAUCAUUGUUUUCCCAAAGUCGUGAGAAAAUAAAGCUCUUCUUCUGUGAUAAGGGA